AUCUAUAUAUAGAGGUGACAAAUCUUGCUUCAUUUCCAGCUUCCUUCCUCCAACGUCUCGACCGUACGUCUCUUUAUUAAAAGCAACUCCUCGAUCGAUCUUCUUCUCCCUUUCGCACAAAUUAUUAUUGUGUUAAAUUAAACAUGAUGAGCUUUCUGCAGCUAGCUACUGAUCUGAUCUCACUCUUUUCCCUUCUUGUUUCCAAGCUCAGUUCCUUGUCAGCCAUGUCGAUUAAUUACAUAUAUUCGAUUGCUACCAAUUUGAAAUGGACAUUCAACUUCUUGCUUUACCAUGCUUUCUCCAAGACCUACGCCUUUGACCACUUGGUUCCAGAAUUUGGUCAUGAUGAUCAUGAAGAACUUAUCAUAGAACGAUACCAGCACAAGCCAGCUGGUAGUAGAACUGAUGCGGAAGUGCAAUGUGCUGUGUGUCUGUGUAAGAUGGAAGAUGGAGACGAGUUUAGAGUGCUGAGAUGUGAGCAUCCGUUUCAUAGAGUUUGCUUAGACAGAUGGACUGGACGACACAAGGUUAAUAAUAAUCAAACCUGCCCCUUAUGCCGAGAUUUCUUAGCUCCGGCGAGAAUGAUUACAGAGCUGGGAGUGGAAGUUCUAUCGUUUAAAUUUUACACGUUCAGAUCCGAUGCCCGCGAGACAUGGUGGCUUCGGUAAAUAUUAUUCACGACGGGGCCGGCGAAUUAAUUAGCUGAUGAUGCAGGGAUUAAUACUGCACAGUCUGGUAAUAGUCCUUUGUUUUGCAUGCCCUUUUCCCAAAAACAAAAAAAAAAAAAAAAAAAUCAAGUAAAUUUUUUUUCCG